CAACAAGCCGUGGCCCAAUUAGCUUAUUUAUAUAAUAGCAGUACCGAUAAUUGUUCAACCCAACCACCGUCGGCAAUCCAACACGCGUUUUUAUAUAAUCCCACCGCUUAUCCUUCGCCGCCCUUGGACGCUUCCACCGCGCUUCCUUCAUCAAGAAUGAAUACGAAUGACUCCGGUGAUCACCACCAUCACGGAAACACCGGUAACAACCAAAAUUAUCACAGCGGACCUAUAAUCACCGAUAAUUCUCAGCUCAAUACCUCUCAACCUUCAUUCAACGCUGAUCAAAAACCACCACCACCGCAAACAAUCCCCACCAUAACAUCAGAAGGUUAUCAAACGGCCUCAAGUUACCCUGCCGCCCACCAAUACCAACCCUCGAUGGAUCGCCGAACGAUGAUUCCAAUUCAUCAUCCAGCUGCCAAAAUUGAGCCUGGAACCUCAGAAGGAACGUCGGAAAACUGGACUCGCCUUCCAGAAACGGCAAGUACAUCAUAUUCUUUUGGACAAUAUGCAACGAAACCAGCAAAAGGCUUUGAUGAACGGGCGCUAGAUCCUUCUUUUUUCUCCGAACCAUCUAUGAAAAUACCCACUGGUUCAAACACUGCUCCACCGAUGGGCUAUUUUAAUCCUGGAUCAGUUGGUUAUGAUCGUAAUGGAAUUCCGCAUUCUGUAAAUUUCGGUAACGCCAUGCCGACACCCCAGGAUUACCCAAUGCCCAUAGCCGCGAUGCAGAACCAGGGUGGCAACGGGGCACGAAGUACCACACAGUUCACUCAGAAUAGGCCUUCAGUCCCUGCACCACAGACCAUGAUGACCACAUUUAGCUCAAAGACGGUCUCUUCCACCCCCAAAAGAUACAAAUGUAAUAUCUGUCAGAAAAGAUUUACCCGCCCGAGUUCCUUGCAGACUCACACCUACAGUCAUACAGGAGAAAAAC